AUGCCUGACUGUAUGUUUUGCGGGAAGGUCACAUCGACGCCUGAGGGCCUCAAGAGACACAUUGUAGGCCGGCCUGAAUGCCGAAGGGAGUGGACAUUAAUGAUUGAAGGUGUAGAGGUGGAGGAUUUGGACACACCCGACGUAGACUUCUGCCAUGAAGACAUAGCACCAUGCCAUGUUCGCGCGCGCUCAGGUCCUGAAAUGGACACCAGCCCUACACUCAACAAAAUCCGACAUGUUUCAGUCGAAGAAGUCGAUAAUGAGGAUGGUACAUCACUCACUGAUUUUGGCCGGUAUAUUGAACCCCAGCCAGAUGCGGGCUGGGCAUUGGGCGAAGGGGAGACCAGAUUUGAAACACGUAGUAGAGAACAACAGGAAGGUGGCGAAGAACCGUGGGCUCCCUUUGAGGAUGCGGAAGAGUGGGGUCUAGCGCAGUGGCUGGUCCAAAAUCUGGGACAAACAUGGACUGAUGAAUUUCUAAAACUACGUAUAGUAUCGUUUCACAACAAUCGUUCAUUCUUGCAAAGAGUAGACAAGCUUCCCCAUGGUCCGGGGUGGAGCUGUCAAAAGGUCAAUGUCUGUGGGAAUUGUGAGGACGAGGACGGAGAGCUAUUGCAAGAAGAAGUUGAGCUGUGGAGUCGAGAUCCUGUUGAAUGUGUUAAGGAGCUCAUUGGAAACACUGGUUUCAAGGCGGACAUGGCAUACUCACCUGCCAGAGCAUAUGCUGACCGUGGAGGGCAACAUAGAGUUAUGGACGAGAUGUGGACAGCAGACUGGUGGGGUGAGAAACAGAAAGCAUUGCCUGAAGGAGCGACUAUUGCUCCGAUUAUUUUAUCAUCAGACAAAACGACCUUGUCACAAUACCGUCUCUUCCAUCACUGCAUGGCCCUCCUGCUCCAUCCUCUGAUUGCUGCCGGCAAUGAUGGUGUCAAGAUGGUGUAUGCUGACUCAUGGAUAUGUCGUGUGUACCCGAUUCUGGCCGCAUAUGUGGCCGAUUUCCCAGAACAGUGUUUGGUGGCCUGUUGUAAGGAAAUCGAGGAGCGAGGGGAUGCACUGCACUCAGAGAUGCGUGAUCCUAAGACCACGAAAGAUAUAUUGCAAAGCAUUUACAAGCCCUUCUUGGCCGAUAUGCCCCAUGCCGACAUCUUCCUAGCGUUCACUCCAGAUCUUCUGCACCAAGUUCAUAAAGGUGUAUUCAAGGAUCACCUGGUGAGGUGGUGUCAGCAAAUAAUCGGAGAGGAAGAAAUGGAUGCACGAUUCAAGGCAAUGCCAGAUUACCCAGGGCUCCAUCACUUCAAGAAAGGAAUAUCAACUGUCAAGCAAUGGACCAGAAGCGAACAUAAACAAAUGCAUCAGGUCUUGGUAGUUGCUCAUUCGAUUCUGGACUUCUCAUAUUACGCGCAGCUGUGGAUUCACACAACGGAUUCGCUCAAAGCCUUACAAACAGCACUAUCAGUAUUCCAUAGUCAUAAGGAUGUCCUCAAGGAACUGUCUAUUCGCGAACAUUUCAACAUCCCAAAGAUCCACCAACUCACUCAUUAUGUCCAGUCAAUAACAUUGUUUGAACUUCCUGAGCACUUGCAUAUAGACUUUGCCAAGGAUGCUUACCGUGCCACCAGUAAACGUGAUUAUGAAGAGCAAAUGGUUUUGUGGCUCCAGCGCCAGGAUGCCAUCUUUCUGCAGGGUGCAUAUCUGGAUUGGCUGGCACAAGUGCCUCUCUCAGCUGUAGGCUGGACCAAGGAUGAUUCAAACAUGUACGACUCAGACUCGGAUUCGGACUCGGACUCACAUGAAACAGAGGCGGCUACUCCCCAUACUACAUCUGCCGAGCAAUUGCAAAUGACGCAUGUCCUUGCAAAGGCUCCAGGGCAUCCACACCAAUCGGUUCAAGAGAUUAAGAAUCUCCCUGGCUGCACUGUCAUACCAGGGGUGCAGGACUGUUUUGAUGUUUAUCGGCAAGUCGUCGUUGUAACACCACCUGACCUCCGAGUUGGUGAUACACCAACGCGGAGGUGCAUUAGAGCCACACCUGAGAGAUUGUCAUCAGGCCGUAAGCCUGGUGGUCCGGCUCGGUUUGAUAUGGGGUUUAUAUCUGACGGUCCUCAUCCUAUGCAUUUGCAGACACUGCAUGGUCUGAGAGUGGCGCAAGUUCGUGCUAUAUUCACCCUCCCUCGUCAAUUCGGCACAUACACCAGAGCCCUCGCAUACAUUGAGUGGUUCACACCUUUCAGGACACCUGACCCUUCUUCUGGAAUGCGACUAGUGUCACGCUCGACCCGCCAUUGUCGCCGCAACUCUGCUGUCAUUCAUGUCGAUGAAAUCAUUAGGUCAUGUCAUUUAAUACCAAAGAUGGGACUGUCAGUUGAGUCAAGGUUGAGGAGUGGAGAUGCAUAUGAGGCCGCGAAUGAUUUUUAUUUUAAUGAGUUCAUCGACGGCGAGAUGUUUUGCGCUUCAGUGGAUACUAAUUAG